AUGAGCCCUGAGAGCGGCGAGCUCGUCAAAGACCUCAGCGCUCAGCUCGGGGAACCUGAUGAGGCUUUGUCGGCUCCCGACAAGGAGAGUGCAAGCUCGAGUUCCGAGGCGGAUGUCCAGAAGAUGGCGGUGCUCGAGGCAACGAUCAAGGAGUUGCAAAAGAAGUUCCACCAGCAGGAGAAAGAGCUGAAGGCCAGCAAAAAGAAGGAGCCCCUUGCAGCUUCUACCGGGGAGACUGCGGAUGCGGCUUCGGGGGACGAGGAGGAGGAUGUCGAUGACGUGGGCAACCACCCGGAAGUUUCUCAGGCUAGGCAGCAGCUCCGCAGAUUCUGCAAACGCAGAUCCAACGGAUCUCUCCUUGUCCCAGAAGACGUCUACAACAAGUUUUGGCAAGGGGGGACAGAACGCACCAAGCUCCUCACACUGUUCUUGAAGAACGGCAGGAACAAAGCCGGUUUCUUGAAAGAAGUGAAAGUGUUGUCUGAGAAAGAAAAGAAAAUGGAAAUGAAGAUCGAGGGAGACUACUACGAGUUGUGGGAGCUUCGGGAGGUUAAGAAGGCCGACAUUUACAACCCCAACAAGGUUCGCUAUUGGUUCCAAGACACGAUGCGGGCCAGUUUCACUGCCAGCCAGCUUCUUCGUGAGAGCGAAGAAGUCCGCUACGACCAGGAGGUCGCUGAGAACGAGGGGGUCGUGACCCUCGGAAUGGAUUUUGAUUUCGACCCCAGUGCUUUAG